UUUUUUGGCCGUCGGAAACUCCAAUUUGGUAUUUUUUAGAGACAAUCUGCCCUAAAAGAUCCAGCGCCUAUCGCUCAUCCUCCUUGAGCUUCCCUGCUCGUCUAAUCGCUUGUUUUUUUGCGCACAAACUGCCUUGUGGUUUCCCGCACCCCUUUGGUAUCCAGACUUUGAUGUCGUCAUCAAAUCUAGCCCAGGAGAGCAGGGUGCCAGUCAGACUUGUGCUCGUCGGGGUGCUCGCCGUAGUGAACGGGACCAAGCUUAAGGAAGCGAAGGCCGGUGGCGGCGCCGUCACUGCUCAUGCUCGAGGUGCGGCGCUUGAGGGGCGCCGGCUCGGCGGCGGUGACUGCGACGGCGGCGGUCUGUUGCUGUCUGAAGGGGUAGGAGGACGAGGUGGUGGGGGCGAGGGAGAGGAAGACGGAGUUGUCGACGGGAGAAGACAUUUUUGCUGGUUUUUGGUUUUUGGUGUUUUGGAAGAGUUGGUUGCGAGAGUUGGCAAUCGGCUUGUGGGGGGGGAAAAAAACAGAUCAACUGCUUAACAAGAGACUGAGACUUUUGAUGUUGGAUAUGAGAAGGUCGGUAAAGAGUCAAGGAAGGAUGAGAGCGUUGGGAUACAGA